AAGCAAAAAUUAUAUAAACGCAUAUGCUAAUACUUAGAGCUUACAUACAUACAUACAUACACCAGUUGAAGAUUUUUAGCAGCGAGUAUGAGAAAGGAACUGUGCAGAAACUUUCAGCGUGGCAGUUGUAGGUAUGGAGAAAACUGUAGAUUUCUUCAUCCACAACAGGCUAAGCCAAAUAAUCCCUUUGGCUUUGGUUCACAAUCCCAACAACAACCACAACAUCAGCAGCAGCAGCAACAAAAGAGUUCCAACCCUUUUGGAUUUGGUGUACAAAGUGGUGGUGGUGGUUCCAGCAGACCCAAUCAAUUCCAGCCUUUCGAGAAUACAUGGUCACGACCGGCUUCUACUCCUACUGGUGGUGCUUCUGCGCAGAAGACUGGUAAACAGGCACAGCCUACAGACCAUAAAUGCACAGAUCCUGCUGCGUGUAAGCGGAUAAUGCAAGACGAUUUUAAGAACGAGAGACCCAUGUGGAAACUCACUUGCUACGGCCACUGGAAAUAUUACCCAUGUGACGUUACUGGUGAUAUCAGCUAUGAAGAGUUACGUGCAAUAGCAUACGAAGAAGCCAAACGAGGAAUACCUCUACAGUCUAUUGUUGAGAGGGAGAGAAAUUUGCAGAACUCCAAAAUAGCUGAGUUCGAAAACUUCCUGCGGAAUCCAUACAAAGGCUCGGUUACCGCCAAUCAAAGCCCAUUUGCUGCAACUACUCCUAGUAUAUUUCCACCGACCAAUCAGAUCAGUUCUUCUCCUCCAGCAUUCUCUGGCUUUAAUCAACAAACUGCAUUCCCCAAUACCAAUGCUGGUGGACUAAGUUCAUCUGGACCUCCGAAUGCCUUUGCAAGUUUUAGUCAACAAUCAAAUAAUCAACAAACUACAUUCCCCAAUACCAAUGCUGGUGGAGUUAGUUCAUCUGGACCUCCGAAUCCCUUUGCAAGCUUUAAUCAACAAACAAACAAUCAACAAACUGCAUUCCCAAAUACCAAUGUUGGUGGAGUCAGUUCAUCUGGACCUCCGAAUGCCUUUGCAAGCUCUAAUCAACAACCAAAUGCUUUCAGCGUCAAUACACCUCAGCCUGUUUCUUCAGGUCCCUCUGGUUUUCAAACAAAUCCAUCAACAUUGUUCAAACCAGCAUCAUUUGGACCUGGGCCCGGACUCGCCACAGCUCCACAAAACAAUAACAUCUUUGGUCGAUCAACUCCAAUGCCGGCUCUCAACACUUCCCAGAACAAUCAGACAGCAUUCAACUUCAAUGUCCCUGUUGCAUCUUUCACUGCUUCUGCUGUAGACGCAACAAAUACAUCUUCUGGAACCGAGCUGCAAAUAGAAGGUGAACCUGUUGAUAGUAGCAUAUGGUUAAAGGAGAAAUGGAAUCCAGGGGAGAUUCCAGAACAAGCACCUCCAGAUGCCUUUGUCUAAACAAUACAGUAUGAAAUGAGACAUUGAAUCAGUGUUGAAAUAGUUAGUUACAUAUAUAGGUAAGUGUUUCAAAAAUGGCGCAGAAUAGUUGUUUUUGUCAUCCAUCCCCUUAUUAUGAUCAUUUACAUUUGUGUAAAGAUUUUAUGAACAAAAUACAAGUUUGACCAUUACUUCCA